GCCCUUAAUUUGAAAGCAGUCCAACUGCAUCCGGUCUGCUUUCUACGUUUUUUUCCCUUUUUGUGUUAAAGUUCUCGUAGCUCCGGUGUGUGGUUGAACACUUGCGUCACAAGCGUCAUCUGAAUAAUGGACACUUCGAGUUUCAGGGACUGUCAGGCAUGGAAGGCAGAAGGUCUUCCAUUGUCCACCAGCAGUAAUGAGGCUUGCAAACUAUAUGAUGCCAUACUCACUCAGUAUGUGAAAUGGCAGAAUGAUGAAACCUUGGGAGGAAUUGAAGGAUGCAUUUCUGCUAUCCAGGCAGCUGACCCUAACUUUGUUAUGGGCCAUGUGAUCAGCACAGGGCUGGAGCUGGUGGGAACAGCGAGCUCCCCCCGUCUGAAUGAGCGUCUGGCUAGUGCUGUGAGGCGGACAGUGGAGCUGGCCAACAGUCAGGACAUCUCUCCCAGAGAGAGACUCCACGUCAAGGCUAUGGAGCUCUUCUCUCGUGGCAAUUUUCCCAAGGCCUCUGAUGUAUGGGAAGAUAUUCUGGUUGAACACCCCACUGAUAUGCUGGCACUCAAGUUUGCUCAUGAUGCCUUCUUCUACAUGGGAGCCCAAACCCAGAUGAGGGACUCUGUGGCUCGGGUGAUGCCCCACUGGAAGCCACAUCUGCCUUUGUCCAGCUAUCUGAAAGGACUGUAUUCCUUUGGUCUGCUGGAGACUCGAUUCUAUGACCAGGCUGAGAAAGUAGCCAUGGAGGGCCUUGCUCUGACUCCAGAAGAUGCUUGGUGUGUCCACUCUGUAGCCCACGUUUGUGAGAUGAGAGCAGAGUUGGACAAAGGCUUGAAGUUCAUGGAAAGCAGAGAGAAAUACUGGCAGGCAUCUGACAUGCUGGCCAGUCACAACUAUUGGCAUUGGGCUCUGUACUUCAUUGAGAAGGGGCAAUAUGAAGCUGCUCUGCAAAUAUAUGAUUCUCAGGUAUUCCGACAUUGCAAAGCCUCAGGAUCCAUGUUGGACACUGUAGAUGCCAGUUCAAUGCUCUACAGACUGGAAAUGGAGGGCGUGAGCGUGAAGGACCGCUGGCGAGAGCUCCUGCUGGUAACACAACCUCACACUGAUGAUCAUGUGACCUUGUUUAAUGACCUCCACUUCCUCAUGGUGUCACUGGGAGCUAAAGAGUGCGGGACCUCUCAGCGUCUGCUGGAGGGCCUACAGGAAUUGGUUAAAGAACCAGGGGACAAUCAGCAGCAUCAGCUGGCUGAGACUAUUGGCAUACCAAUGUGUCAGGCCAUGAUGGAGUAUGACCAGGGCAACUACAAUCAAGCUAUGGAGCUACUGUACCCGUUACGCUACCGUUUGGUAGAUAUUGGCGGUAGUGAUGCACAGAGGGACAUCUUCAAUCAACUGCUUAUUCAUGCAGCCAUGAAGUCAGAGAAUAAGCAUCACCAGAAAAUGGGAAGAUGUCUUCUGGUGGAGCGCGAUGCAGUGAGGCCAAACUCCCCUCUGACGCAUCGUCUCAUGCAGAGAGCUCUGGCUCUUCACAGCUAGACUGACUGCAAGGUGCAUGGAGCAGAUCAAAGCCACACAGUAAUUUGAUGUUCCAGCUUUUGGCUUUAGAAGAUUCCUUUACCAACCAACAGGAGCUUUUCACUGUUGUCAAAUGUCUUUGAGCUGAUGCUUUCAGUUAACAAAACUGACACACCUAAUCAGUACAAAGCAGUGUGGCUUUCUUCUUCUGAGUUUUAUUAGCAAACAUCACAUUAAAAUAUUAAUAUUAAAUUUAAUCAUACUAAAACACUUUUCAGAAAUAAAAGCUUCAUGUCAAUAUCAAUACAAAAACCAUGUUCAAAACCAAUAAAUAUACACUUUGCA